UGACCAAGAAAAAAGGUUAAAAGAUGAAUUGACAAACCAAAUGGUUGAGUGGUUUGGAAAUGACACCUUUGACAAAACCAAACUCCUUGAAAAAGCUGGCACAUAUCUAAAGUAUGUGAGGGACCAAUAUAGGACCCAUUUGGAGAGGAACCUAAAGUACGAGCGUCCCCCCAUGAUUCCAGAGAGGGAGCGAAAGGACCUGAUUUUGGAUGCCAAGGAGAGAAUUGAAAGGAAAAAAGGAAAUACACCACUAGACGCUAGAAGAAGACUGAGUGACAUGUCAAAGGCAACCAAGGCAAGGCAAGAAAAGCACGGGCAACACAAACUCGACUCUGGUGGCUACAUGAAACUUGUUGCACGAAUUGGCUCUGAAUUCAAUAGAGCGCCCAUAGAAGAUGACAAGAGAAUUGCCUACCAACAAGGAUAUUCAGCCGUGGCUGAUCGACUACGAGAAUUGAGUGGGCAUACACAACAUUCGAGUGCAUCCGUCACACAGCCUGCUAAUUAUGAAACACCACCUGCACAUGAAGGUCCGGAUGUGCAUCCCAGUAGUGGAGAGCACGUAGUCGGUGGUGAGCAAGUGGAGCAUGAUCUGGGUACACAACCUCAAGAACGUGAUGUUCCCCACUCAGAGGACCCCCCUUCGCUUCAGUGUCCUCGUCCUUAGUAUAGGACUAGGCAUACAUUGAGAUCACGAGCAGUUGGCGGAACAUCUGCAGAGGGGGAAAUGAUGAAGUAACCGAUGUUCCACUUAGUCUUUUCAUAGCUUCAAAGAAAAAACAAAGAAAGAAAUGAUUGUAAUCUAACUUAUUUGAUAAUGACUGAUUUUUAUGUGUUA